AUGAAGAAUUGGAAAUAUGGCCAGCAGGAUUCACUGGAGGCGGCACGGCAGCUCGACGAUGCGAUCGCACCAGCCAAGCGGCUAGUUGCCUUUGGCAAAUGGGACCUGUCCAUGCCCGAAGAGCAAGGUCGUCGCUUUCCGCAUUGGCAUGCGGACUCACCUUUUCAGGAAUGCGAGGACUUCAUUAGAGCGCUGGAGAAGGAGAGGAAGCGCGUUAUGGGCGAUGAGAAGCAUUACUACCUGGAUACCCUCGCCAAUCAUCACGAUUAUCAACGGCGUGGGGCUGGCUCUAUGCUUGUCAAAUGGGGCUGCGAUUUGGCUGAUAAGGACGGCGUUGCAGCUUAUGUGGAUGCUAGCAAGGAAGGCGCACCGCUAUACCAGAGACGCGGCUUUGUAGAUUUCAGUCUUCCCGGCUCUGAAGUGGCCGCGAUGGCUCGCGGCAAGAAAACUGCAUAA